AUGUCCUAUCUAAUCAUCACUCCAGUGUCUGCGAAAGCCCUCUCUAUGUGUACGCUUGAUAAGUCGCUGAAAACCACUGAGGAAGUAGCUCUUCAGAUCUUCUUGCUUUGCCAGUUUGGUGUUGGAACUGUGGCCAAUGUCUUUCUGUUUGUCCAUAAUUUCUAUCCAGUCUUGACUGGUUCUCAACAGAGUCCCAGACAGGUGAUUUUAAGCCACAUGGCUGUGGCCAAUAUCUUGAUUCUCUUCAUCACUAUAUUUCCAACCAAUGUGAUGACUUUUGCUCCAAGAAAUCCUCCAACUGACCUCAAAUGUAAAUUAGAAUUCUUCAUUCGCCUAGUGGCAAGAAGCACAAACUUGUGUUCCACCUGUGUCCUGAGUAUUUAUCAGUUUGUCACUCUUGUUCCUGUUAAUAGAGGUAAACUCAUACUCAGAGCAAGUGUCCCAAGUUUGGCAAGGUAUUCUUGUUACAGUUGUUGGUUCUUCAGUGUCUUAAACAACAUCUACAUUCCAAUUAAGGUCACUGGUCCACAGAUAGCAGACAAUAACACUGACUGUAGAAGCAAGUUGUUCUGCUUCACUUUUGGAUACAGUAGAGUCAUUUUCUUCUUGAGGAUUGCCUAUGAUGCCACAUUCAUGAGCAUCAUGGUCUGGACCAGUGUCUCCAUGGUACUUCUCCUCCAUAGACAUCACCAUAAAAUGCAGCAUAUCUUUACUACCAAUCGACACUACAGAGGCCAAGCUGAGACUAGAGCAACCAGUACUAUCCUGAUGCUGGUGGUCACAUUUGUUAGCUUUUAUCUUCUAAAUUUUACUUGCAUCAUCAUUCAAGCCCUUGUUACAGAUUCUCAUGCAUUUGUGAGGCAUUGGAGUGAAGCUUUGGUCACAGGCUUUCCCACUAUCUCUCCCUUACUGUUGAUCUUCAGAAAAUCUAAGGAUCCUUGUUCUGUGUUCUUCCGAUUGUUGAAAUCCUGA